UUCGCGGGUGACCCAACCCAGUAACGGCCCUCACGUCCCGGUCCUUAGGAGGCCCCGACGAGCAGCUGCCUGCAGUGUGCCUGUGGGCGCCUGGUCUGGCCUGCCUUUUUCCUAGAAGUCUGCUCCCCGCUUCUGAGCCAUGGGGGAUCCCUCAGAGCCCCCUUCUGGGCAGAACUCCAACCGGAGGAGUUUCCAGGGCUCCGAAGAGGUCCAGCAGAUGCUUCUGCCCCAGCCGCCGGGCAGUCAAGGGAUCCUCACCGACCUGCCCCAGACCUUCCAAGCCACAGAGGCCCCCAUGGGCCACACGGAGCCCCCCGGCUUUCCCUUGGGGUCCCAGACCUACGGCUACAUGGAGGACAGCAAGACCCUGGCCGGCGAGCACACCACCAACCUGAUGCUGCGGCAGCUGCAGCAGGGCCAAGGCGGCCUCCUGCAGCAACUGGAGCCCACUUGCUACUUGCCAGGGGCCAGCUUCCUGAGUCAGUUCGACAGCUACCAGAGAGAGGACCAGCACUUCAGGCCCAGCACCCAGCACAGUCCCUACCCAAGGGACGACCUUGCACCCCCGCGGUUCUCACUCUCAGACCAGAGCUUCUUGUACUACAGCCCCGAGGUGCCUGAGCUCCAGAUGCGGGAGCUGGCAGUGCAGAACGCCAAGGCCUAUCUGCUGCAGACCAGCAUCGGCUCAGACCUCAGCCUGUACGAGCACCUGGUGAACCUUCUGACGAAGAUCCUGAACCAGCGACCCGAGGACCCCUUGUCCAUCCUGGAGUCUCUGAACCGCACCACGCAGUGGGAGUGGUUCCACCCCAAGCUGGACACGCUGCGGGAUGACCCGGAGAUGCAUCCCACCUACGAGAUGGCGGAGAAGCAGAAGGCGCUGUUCGUUAGGGGCGGUGGCGGAGAGCGCCAACAGGAGAUAGAGGAGGAGGUGAUGGACACCGCCGUGCCCAACAUCAUGGAGAUGGCCUUCCACCUGGAGCAGGCCGGCGUGGGGCUGAGCUCGGACGAGAGUUUCCGCAUCUACCUGGCGCUGAAGCAGCUGGUGGAGCAGCAGCCGGUGCGCACGUGCCGCUUCUGGGGCAAGGUCCUGGGGCUGAGGCGCUGCUACCUGGUAGCGGAGGUGGAGUUCCGCGAGGGCGAGGAGGAGGCGGAGGAGGGCGAGGUCCUGCUGCCGGAAGGCGCCGCGGCGCUGGAGCCGCACGGCGGCGAGGAGGAGGAGGAGGAGGAGGAGGUGAGCAGGGAGGACAGCCGCACAGGCGCCAACAAGUAUCUGUAUUUCGUGUGCACCGAGCCGGGCCGGCCGUGGACGCGGCUGCCGCACGUGACACCGGCGCAGAUCGUGUGCGCGCGCAAGAUCCGCAAGUUCUUCACCGGCCACCUGGACGCGCCGGUCGCCAGCUACCCGCCCUUCCCGGGCAACGAGGCCAACUACCUGCGCGCCCAGAUCGCGCGCAUCUCGGCCGCCACGCACAUCAGCCCGCUCGGCUUCUACCAGUUCGGCGAGGAGGAGAGCGACGAGGAGAACGGGGGCGGCGCGGGGCGCCACACCUUCGAGGAGAACCCCGACUUCGAGGGCAUCCCGGUGCUCGAGCUGGUCGACUCCCUGGCCAACUGGGUGCACCACACGCAGCACAUCCUGCCGCAGGGCCGCUGCACUUGGGUGAACCCUUUGCGGAAGACAGAGGAGGAGGAGGAGCUGGGGGAGGAGGAAGAGAAGGCCGACGACGUGCCGGAGGAGGUGGAGCAGGAGAUUGGACCUCCGCUGCUGAUGCCGCUCUCCGAAGAUGCAGAAAUCAUGAAUAUGUCUCCCUGGACCACCCGCCUGUCCUGCAGCCUCUGCCCGCAGUACUCUGUGGCCGUAGUGCGCUCCAAUCUGUGGCCUGGGGCCUACGCCUACGCCAGUGGCAAAAAGUUUGAGAACCUCUACAUCGGCUGGGGUCACAAGUACAGCCCGGACAACUUCAACCCGGCCCUGCCAGCCCCGGUCCAGCAGGAGUACUCGAGCGGCCCGGAGAUCAUGGAGAUGAGCGACCCCACCGUGGAGGAGGAGCAGGCCCUGCGGGCUGCCCAAGAGCAGGUCCUGGCAGCCGCGGAGGACGAGGAGGAGGAGGACGAGGAGGAAGAGGAGGACGAGGACCUGGAGGACUAGGGCCCUGCAGCUCCUUGCCCCAAGCAGCGGCUGAUUGACAAGACCAAGGUGACGUAUCUCAAGUGGCUGCCUGAAUCCGAGAGCCUGUUCCUGGCUUCCCAU